AUGCAAAAAAGGAUCACUGUGCCCCCCAAGUCGCAACAGCAGGAGAACAACGAUUGGAUCCCCGCAGAAUCCUGCGACGACUGGGUCCCCUACGCGGACACUGGCAAUUACAUCGAAGUGACCAUUGGGGACUCGGCACCGGUGCACAUCUCCGACGAUGACUACAGGUGGAAGUUUGUGGACUACCCCGAUGGGGAUACAAGGGAGGGGAAUGAGUCCUGGGUGGAGGGGCUUGAGGCGACGCAGUAUGUGCUGCUGUUCAAAGAAGUGGAGGAAUGA